CUUAAUAGUUGAGUAUUGAGCGCACUGGUAGUGACGGAGCAUACUUUGGACAAUAAUGUGUAAACAUUGUGUUAACUGACAUCAUGUAGUGCUGAUAAAUACCAACAUGUUCCGAAAAAUACACGCCUAGAUGUUUGUGCCGAGAAGAAUAAUACACACAUCUCAAAAUUACCGUUAUAUUAAAAAAAAAGUCUAUUGACUAGUACCACGGAAGAACACCAAAAUGCGCAGGAAAGUCACUAAUUUUGUACUAGAAAUUGAAGUGCACGCUGCUACUUGCCCAGGUGUGUGGCUGUGCCCUGAUGGAGAUGUUUCUGUUAAAUUGAAGUUAUUUGGUGAUUUUGCUGAAACAAUGCAUGUUGAACCUGUUUUUCCCAUGCUGUUUCAUGAAAAAUUUACAUUUCAAAAGAUAUUUCCAGAUAUUUCUUUCUUAACUGAUUUGCAAGAAGCUUUGGAAAAAGAAAAAUUGUAUGUGGAUUUGAUUCAGUGGUCAAUAAUGGGAUCAGAAUCUGUGUUGGCCACAUUUGAGACAACACUGAUGGAUCUGUUGUAUCCUAGCUCAUGCAGGAGGAAAACUACUGAAGCUGACUUACUAAUGGAUCCAACUGAUGCCUUUCCUGGAAUCUUGUCACCAAAACUUGAAACUUCUACCAAAACCACAAUAGAGGAAAUCAUAUUGACAGAGAGUGAAUUACUUGAUGUCUCUACACCAUCAGCUGUGAAUGCCUCGAAAUAUGAACUAGAGAGGUAUGUUGUGCCCAGUAUCCGAGAUGCAAUAAAGAGACAACGGAAGGUAUGCCAUACCAGACUUAUUCAUGAGAAAAAAGGAGCAAACUGCAGUUACACACUAUCACAAUCUCUGCAUGAGAAAAGUAGAAGACAUAGCCCUUUUUCAGUCAGAAAUCUUGACACCGCUGUAAAUACAUAUGAAAGCUUUUUGAACACCCCUUCGAAACGUGGGAGGAAAAAAGACUUUCUGAAGGAAACACCAUUAGGGCAGUGGACUUCUGUCUCAUCCUGGUCUGAUGAAUCACCAAUAAGACACAGCAGUGCAAUUAACAAGAGCAGAAAGAAUAGAAAAACUGGAACAGGUUCAUCAUCCAGUAGUGGCAAAUCCCCAUUGCGGAGGAAUACUACAUUCACAAAUCAGAAGAGUGCAAGAAUUGAAAUAGAUCCUGAAAGGUCAGUUAAUGUUCCUGAACCACAUGACACUAGUUCCUGCUUGAUGUGCAGCCAGUACAAUUCAGUUUUUGAAGAUGAUAAUGGUAACGAGAAGAAAGACAACUAACAAAGAAAUAUGUGCUGUAAGACAAAGAAUCUACAGAGUUUCUUUCAGUUCCAACUGAUUGAUAACAUCAGCAACUACUGAGCUAUGGGCAGCUGUCAGUCAUAAGAUACACGGUUUUCCUUGUGCAUUAUCCUUUUGGAACUGUAUUCAUUAAAAUCUCUCUCAAAUAACUACUCUUUUAUGUCAGUAAAGAGCUUUAAAAAUGAAUAUAACCACUUUUUGCAUUUUAUCUGUUUCAUUUUAUUCCACCAAAGAGCACUAUAUUUUACAUGAAGUAACUAUUUUAGAACAUUUUAUACUAUCUAGCAUAUUAGCAGCCUAAAAUAAGUUGUUGUUAUUGUUGUUUUACUCACCCACAGACCUUUUUUUACAAGGAUACUGAACAUGUCAUGGUAUUACAAUUUAAGAGCAUGAAAAAAAAGUCAUGUAUGUUUAUGUGCUUACAAGUACAGAUCUAGUUUGAGAAGAAUGGGACAGGUAGUUGGGUGUGACUUUAUCGUAGAAAUCAUUUAAGGAAACCAUGGAAAACAUAAAUCAUGAUACCUGAAUAGAGACUGGAGCCUGCAUCCUCCAGAAUACUUUUAUGAAGAUAUGAACAGUAGUGUGUCUUUUUUUUUUGUAUUGCACCCUAUAUUUUUUUAUUUGAUAAUCUAUUUCCUCUCCUCAAGGCCAGUUGAAAUAUGUAUCCCAGUGUACCAUUCUGGUAAACAAGACAAUAUUAAAAAUGAAGCAGAAAACUAACUUCACCUCCCCUGUACUAGAACAAAGUGUAGGUAUCUGGAAUAAAGUAACUGGCCCCUUGCUGGAACUCACAGUAAAGAAAUGGAAUCACGAGAAAAACGCACGUCGGUCAUUCAAGCAACCAUCUUUAUCUGAAGGCAUGUGUGCCAGUACAAUGUACAUCAAUGGAGGGUGGGUAGAAACGCUGCUUAGCUGUGGAGAAUGUGAGUUAACAUGAUAGUAAUUGCAAUAAUGUGUUCUUAUUUACAGUACAGGUACAUGUACUGCUGUACUUCAGUACUUUUAAAUUAUAUGAUGUGUAUCUUCUCUUCAUAUCUUUGUAACAAACCAAGUUACAAAAAUGGAAAUCUUGCUGGUUAAUGUCCCUCUGUUACCUAAAGAUUUACUUGAUACUGUAAGGCAGGACUUCCGAACCUUUUUAGCCAGCAGACCCCUUUUCAGGCAAAAAUUCGUGGCGGGACCUUCACAGUCAAGAACACAGUAACUGCUGAAAUUCUGUAUGAAGCCCAUGGGAACUGAAAACUUCUUAAUGCAAGUACCAUUCUUCCACUAACCCAAUGAUGAAUCAAAAGUCUUUGGUUUAAAAGUGAAUGGAAACAACCUGAAACUAUUAAUGAUGUUCCCAUUUGUCUGAAUUGCUUCUAUAUUCAGAUACUUGCUAUUUGAUUUAUUCCCAUUGUUCAAUACACUAGGCAGACCAUAUUUAUAAUUGAGUGUAGGGGAAUAUAUUGCAAAGAAAAGCAACAUUCACUGGAUAUUAUUUUAAUUUUCAGAACAAAAAUAUCAAUAGUAACAGAAUUCAAUUAAAUAUUAAAUAACUGAUAGAAAACACAAGCAAAAUACCUACAAAAGUUAUAGUCUGGGAAUGUUUACUGCUCCUCAGUGAAGCAAAAUGCAUUCUUCUUUAUUAGAGAUGAGUCUGUACAAAUAAUAGUGGAAUCUUAAUGUGAAGGUUAAGGGUGCUUCUCCUCACACAAUUUGAAAAGUUUGGCUUACUACUUGAAAACUAGAGAGGUGUGUCUGGUUCAGCAUCUAGACAGCUUCAAUACUUAGUUUUCUUGGCAGCAUAAUUUGAGAAUCUAGAUACAUACAUCUAAGUUGUGGCAAAUUGAAGUAUAAAUCAUUUUGCUUUUUGAAUAAGGGGAAAGAUUUUUUUGUUUACCAAACUGAUCCAAAAGUGUGAGUAACUAUCACUGUUGAAAGUAGAUUUCAGGGUUGAGUCUGUGGCAAUUUCUGUCAACAAAUCUCAUUCAUUUGAAAAUAGAAUGUUUGGUUUUUUGGAUACAGCAAAUGGGUUGACCACCCAUUUGUAUUCCAGCAGCUUCUCACCUUGAGCUGUUGGGAAAUAAUGCUCCAAUUAUGAUGUCAAGCUUCUGAGAUGUUCAAGGAUUUCAUGAAACAGAUUGUUCCUAAGCUCCAAUGUCUUGUCUUUCAAAACAUCAUUGAGAAGAGGAAAUCACUUAAUCUCCUCCUCCUCCAAACUCUCUGCUCAAAAAUUGAUUUUUCUCUUGAAAGCUCGAACUUUGUCAUUGGCAGUGACCAUUGUUAUACUUUUCUCUUGCAGAAAAAUAAUCAGUUCAUUCAUUUGGGGAAAAUAUCUGCCACAUAAUCAAGUAUACAGUGGCAAUUUUCAUCUUUAAUAAGGUCUACUUAUUUGAUAUUGUGGUCUAAAAGUAAAGCUAGGACCUCUAAAUGUUUUUCAUGUAAUUAAGAGAAUGUACUCCCAUGUGAAGGCCAUCUCACUCCUAUAUGGGGAAGCAUGGGAUGAUGAAGGCCUCCCAUAUCUUCACAAAGAUUUAUAAAAAAUCUUGACAUCAACGGCCAUGAUUUUAUGUAAUUAAUAAUUUGGGUGGAUUCAUCUAAAUCUUUAUUGAAGGAAGUAGGCAUUUGUUUCGUGGUUGAAGCAUCUCUGUGGAACACACAAUUGACUACUGCUGCAAUCCUUUAAUUUUAAUUAUUGCUCCAACUGUUGGGCCUGUCGUAGCUUUUGCAUCAUCUGUGCAUGUAUUGAAGCAAUUAGACCAUGAAAUUUCAUUGGCCUUCAAAAAAUUGCCCAACAAACAGAAUAUUUCAGCAUCUGUUGUAUUGGCAGGUACUUCUGUGUACAAUAAUAGGUCCUCCUCAAAACAUCCUCAACAGACAAAAACCAAUAAAAUCACUAACCCUGCAACAUAAGUAAAAUCAUCCAUUUGGAGAAAAAAAUAAUUGCAUUAUAUGCAAGAAACCAGAGACUCUUUCACAUCAUUUGACAUUUCAACUAUCCAUCUUUUGACAGUAUUGUUUGAUAGUGGCACUGAAGGUACAAGUUUUACUGGCUUUUCAUCUGGCAUGAAAGAAACCAUCACUAACACAUGGUUUUAUGAGAGUUUCCACAAUGAUAUGAGCUUUACCUGUCUUUGCCUCUCAACAACUUACCAAGAAAGAAGUGUUAAAUGGGUUUUCAUUAAUUGCUUUUGCAUGAGUUUUCAUUUGAUGUCAAGAAGCAGCUAAUUCUGUGCUCUUCCUCUUGAUAAAAUCAACCUCUUUAGUCUGAAAGUCCAGGUGAGUACCCUCAAAAUGAUGGUGUACAUUAAAUGGAACAGUUUAACAGUCUGGAAAACUCACCACAAAUUACACACUGAGGUUUACCUUCCUCUACCUCAGUAAAGCCAAUUUCUAAAUACUUUUCAUCAUAUUUACGCUUUUUAGUUAUUCCACUUCUGCAGUGUAUUGCAACUAGUGGAGCAUUUGCAGGAUUUUCACAUAAUAAAUCUGCCUGUGGCACAUCAUGUAAUUGUUCUUUAUUUGCCUGUCCUCCUUCAUCAUUAAUUUCAACCAGGAACUUUCCUUGCUGUGAAGGUGAUGGGGAAACUGCUUGCUUCUUCAUUGAUCCAGAUUUCACCCCAACCGAUCCAUGUUGGAAGUAAAUAACUGAUCAAAAUGCAAAUGAUGAAACAGGUAGUGCACUCCCAAAGGAAAAUAACAUUGAAUGAUGUCUCAGACCACAUACAUGCCAGCGAGCACUCUGAAUGAUCGACUAAGUUUAUGCCAUUUUGGAAUAAAAUGCGCAAAAGGUUCCUGCACAUCAAUUACCAUGAGGCAGCACACACCACCCCAGAAUGUUGCACAAACAGUCAAGCAGGGGGGCUGCACCAACCAACAUUAAACUACAUGCAGGUCUCCACUUGGAAACCAUAGCCAUUACUUGGGAACCCUUGACGUAAACAUACAUGUAUUUUUCAAAUUAACAAAAGAUAAUAUUGAUGAGCUUGUUUUUUACAUUUUGUGACUAAUUAUUUUGCUUCUUCUUUUAUAAGUUUUGGUCAAAGGUGGCCACAGGCCCCCUUAGAAAGAACCAGCAGAGGUGUGUAGACCACACAGAAGCCCUGCUGUAAAGAUCACUGCUAUCUAUGAUGCAUUGAUAUAGUGAUAUUGUAAUCCUUAGUUUUGCUGGAUUCUGGAAUUUUCAAAGAUGAAUGUGCUUUUCCUCUGGCAGUGGCAUUGUUUUGUUUUUAAUAUCAACAAUGCCCAAGGUCAUGUGCAGAGUUAGUGUGUGGGCACUCAUCAUUUGAGUUAUGGUCAGAGAGAUCACAUGCAGCCACAUAGCAAAUGAAUUUUCUGAAGAAUUUGUGAGAAGGUAUGUUUUAUAAGUUCAAGGUAUUAUGUCAGAUU